UUAUUAUUUAAUUAUAAUAUUUACAACUGAAAUUAUUGUUUCCAUUUGAAGAGUGAUUUCGAUGCUUCUUAGGCUUGUCUCUCCCAUUUCAGCACUUCUUUCCAACUCAAGUUUCCCUUUGCAGGAGCAAAUUUCCGGCUAAGUGUAUCCACUCGAAAAUGGGCAGUGAAAGCAAGAGUUUGGUCGAGAACAAGAAAAGUGCUAAUUACAGACUUGCCAAUAUUUCAGGAUUUAAGACGGAUUUAUUGGAGAUUAAUAGCAAUGAGCCUAAGUUACAUGUGUUGUUAAUCCCAGGCAACCCAGGUGUUGUGUCAUUUUACACAGAAUUUUUGGAGUCACUGUAUGAGCUACUGGGAGGGACUGCCUCUGUCACAGGUAUUAGCCACAUAUCGCAAUCGAAAAAGGAUUGGGAGUCUCGGAGGUUGUUCUCGUUAGAAGAACAAAUUGAUCACAAGAUAAGCUUUAUUGAGCAGGAACUUCAAGAUGUUGAAGUACCUAUUAUUCUGGUUGGCCAUUCCAUUGGUUCGUAUAUAUCUCUUGAAGUAAUUAAGAGAUGUCACAAGAAGGUUACAUAUUGCAUUGGUUUGUACCCUUUUUUGGCUGUGAACACUGCAUCCUCUACACAGACAUUCAUUAGAAGACUUGCAAUGUUUCCAGCUCUAUGUACUGCAGCUAGUGCCAUCGGGGCCUUGUUUGGAGCCCUCCCAUCGGAGCUCACAGGAUUCCUUGUAAAAAUAUCCGUCGGGAAGUCAUGGUCUUCUUCUGCUGUUGAGGCUCUAUGCACACACGUUCAGAAGUAUCAUACGCUACGAAAUGUGCUGUAUAUGGCAAUGACCGAAUUUCAGACACUACCAGAAAAACCAGAUUUGGAAUUCAUCACGAGCAAGAGAAGCCAGAUUGCUUUUCUUUUUGGCCUCGAUGAUCACUGGGGUCCUCUACAAUUUUAUGAAGAGAUGAAAAAACAGGUACCCGAUGCAAGUCUUGACGUUGAACGCGAGGGUCAUACUCAUGCUUUCUCCUGCACUGCAGCUGGCUCGAUAUGGGUUGCUCAGCACGUCUCGAGUUUGAUCAGGAACCACACACAACUAGCAAAAAGCAGUUGACAUCGGCUUACAGGUUUUAAUCCUCUUUUUCGAGUUACAUAAGGAAGACGUCUCUCAUUUCCCUGUUUCGUCAUGCUUGCCCAUCAACUACGCUAGUUUACGAGUUAAUUAGCUCAAUUUAGCUCAAGUGUAUUAUGAUUAGAUAAAAGGUCACACAUUAAAUCAAACAUAUGAAGAUUCAAACUAAAAUGUGAAUGAAUGGACCACCAAAAAUUUAAUGCAAUUCCAGCAACAUUCUCACAGAAUAAUUUCCUUUUCACUUGUUUGUUUUCUUGCAUAUCUGAUAAAGAUGAUGUACCUUUUUUCUAUUUUUAUGUGGGGGAAAAAGGGAAGUAUUCACCCUUAAUAAUUCACUAUAUAUAACAUAACUAGCUCAUGUCUUUUCAUUUCAUUUCAUACUACCUUAUUGUAGGACAUAUGCAUAUGACUCGAAAUUAUCGAAUGUACCUUUUUUCGUUUUCUCCGUUUAAUAAUUCACUGAGUGGCUUGCUGGAUGUUCGAGCGUGAGUUUACCUCGUGCACCCCUCAGAUUAGCGAUCAUGAAUUUUUCUCGCCGUGAAAUAAAAAAUCAACGGCUCGUUCCCAGCUUGUUUGUCUUGACAAUGAGAGUUCAGAGAUUUGGUGUUUUGCUAAUGGUUUGAAAUAAUUGGUGCAGAGAGAGAGAGGAGAGGAGUGUUUCCAUUCACUAGUAUUGUUGCUGUCAAAUGAUAGUUACUGCACAAUUUGAAUUCCAAAUGUAGCAGGAAAGUUUAAAUAUAUGAAAUUUGACUAUGUUUCUUUGUAGUUUCA